AUGGAUCAGCCAGAUGACAAGGGUUCUGACAAGGAAGAAGAAACAAAGAACGAACGAAAAACAAAAGUCCGACAUCGAUUUAGUGCAGAACAAUUGCAAAAGUUAAAAGCAGAAUUUACACAAAGCCCUUACCCUGAUUAUGAAACUAGAAAAAAAUUGGCCAAACAAUUCCACUGUGAAGCGUUUAUAAUUUAUACCUGGUUCCAGAACAAGAGAGCCAGACUUGCACUAGAAGAGAGACGCAGACUCUUCCUCAGGUGGAGACAGGAAAACAAGAUGCCAGUGUCCCAGGACUCUCAGGCCAGACCUCCAGCUCCCAACUCCACCAAGAUGCAGAGCGCCUCUCACCUCCAAGGGUCUCUCCAGCUCAGCCACACGUGUUCAGCGUCUCACACCAUUUGUGCAGUAUUUUGA